GUACGCGGUAGACUUCCGAAGUAACACGCUGUAAAGACUAAGCUCAUACGUAGGUGUUUAGAAACAACAAGUAGCAUUAUAGACAACACAUACCUGCAAAGAACUUCAAACCACGACAGUAGUGUUGUAAAAAAGAUAACAUACGCAAUUCACGAGAACUUAGAAGGAUGACUUCGAUGAAAAUAUUUUCUUUUUGUAAAAACUGACUGAAACUACUUCAAAUAUUUCAAAAACUGAAAAUUCCGGACGAAAUAAACGCGGUUUAUUCCAAACGGCCCGAUAGAGACUCGCAGACUUACAAAUGCUUGUACUUGAAAGAGGCUCAUUAGCAAAGAAUGUUCUAUAUCAGUUUCGUGGUGCUUGAAGAUAAACAUCACAUUCAUUAGUUUAAAGAUGUAUUAGUAGGGCUGAAGUCUUUCCUGCUGAUAUAAGCCUUACUUUACCGUUCUCAUAUGGUGAGUGAUAUCAUGGCUAUUGUAGUUGUCCGCUCAACUCAUGGACAUUCAGCGUACGGCUAAAUCAAACUUGGACACUGACUGAUCUUGCAUCUCUAUCGCUCAGAAUAUAAGGCAAAUGACCAUGUAUAAGAGGAAAGAUCACGGUGAAAUAUCCGUUGUUCAUCUGUCAACGAUUCUCUGCGUAACCCUCCUGUUCCUCGUGCCUGUCACCAACGCCACGUGGUGGUUACUGGGAAUGCCUAGCACCUACCACAGCACGCUGGAACUGAAGCCUACGACGUACAAGAACUACUGCAAGAAACUCCACUACUUGGUGGAAAAGCAACAAGAGUUGUGUGGUCUUAACUAUAAUAUCCUGAUGACCGUCGGGCGUGGGGCCAAGAUGGGGAUUGAAGAAUGUCAGUUUCAGUUCAGGAUGAGCCGGUGGAACUGUUCUACUUUCAACAAUACCCCGACAGUUUUUGGUGGAGUUUUAAACGUCAAAAGUCGUGAAAAAGCUUACGUUUAUGCCAUAUCAGCAGCAGGAGUAGCGUACAGCAUCACUAGGGCUUGUAGCAAAGGCGAACUGUCGGAAUGUGGAUGUGACCAGAAAAUUAGGUCACGUGAUACGAAGGGACAAUGGGAGUGGGGCGGCUGUUCAGAAGACGUCCGAUUUGGGUCAAAAUUCAGCAAAGACUUUGUCGACUCGGGAGAAGACCGGAAUACCCCGGAGGGUUUGAUGAACUUACAUAAUAAUCGUGCCGGAAGAAAGGCCCUAAAAAGAAACAAAGAACGUUUGUGCAAGUGCCAUGGCGUGUCCGGUUCCUGCUCCAUGAGAGUUUGCUGGAUGUAUUUGAAACCUUUCAGGUCCGUUGGUCAGUGGCUAACUAAGAGGUUUGAUGGUGCGACUCGCGUUAGGGCGGUACAGAGGCGUAAGAAGCUCCGACUAAGACCUCUCGGAAAAAACAUUAAACGUCCCGGCAAGAAAGAUUUAGUUUACCUUGACGAAUCUCCUGAUUAUUGUAACAGGAACAAAACAUUAGGAGUGUUUGGAACGGCGGGCCGACUGUGCAACCACACGAGCUAUGGCAUGGACGGUUGCAGACUCUUGUGCUGUGGACGAGGUUAUCAAACUGCUUUACGUCGCGUGGAAGAGAAAUGUAACUGUAAAUUCAAGUGGUGUUGUAAAGUAGUAUGUGAACAGUGUAGUUAUGUAAGGGAAGAACACCACUGUAAUUAGAAAAGAAAGUACACACCCGUCCCUCCAAAACUAGGGAAUGUUAGUUAAAGGAGUCAUUCCACGAACAGCAUGGUUCGGAUUGCUCUCUCAGUAUUCUGGAAUCAGCGAGAGAGAAGACAACCCUUCUGAUACCAUACAAACAGUGGUCGCCGAAGUGUCCAUCUGCAUUGUAUCGCUUGUACUGUAUAUAUAUACGCGCAUGUAUAGUUUCGGUUUCUCGAGGCUUGUCUUUUCAGGUAAUUACUAAAUUAACAACCAACAUAAAUGCUCCUUUUCAAUCGGACGUCUUCAGUUCUCCUUUAACACAGUAGACUGCUGUUACAGGCAAGGCCUCUACUGACAGGAAUUGGAACAGAGCAAUCUUAAUCUUGAUAAGAAGGUGUAUUUUAUUUAUAUUUCUUUCAGGUUAACCUGAGUCUGAUUUAGCGAAGUUAAGUCACUCGAGGUAUACCGAAUGAUUCCGAGUGAAAAUUAGAAGUGGCGUUGUCUGUCAACUUAUUAAUAGAUGUCCGUCACAGUAGAGUUGUGUUUUUACAUACAUUUUAACUUCAAUUUUGGUCGCUAAGCGCGCUUCUCUCUAUUCUUUCUUGUAUAGCUGGCUAAUGAUGGAAUAUAUUUUUGUUUUGUAAAAGACAAUGUCAGAUUCACACAAUUGUGACAUUUCACAAGAUACUUUCUAAGCCAGUUGGCUUCCAACAAGUAUAGCCCUAAGUAUUGUUUAGUAUGAGCUGUCAAUACCGCCAUGUUUACAGUAACGAAAUGGUUAGGUCCUCAGUGUAUGCAUAUACAAGUCGUACAACAAAUAGUCGUCUGUUAUUUCUGUGGAUUAUUUAAAAUACACGACUAUCACUCAGCACAUAACCAUUUCACGAAUGUAAGUGUAACGGCUUCUACUUUGUGGUUUGUACAAGCAGUCAUAUUCUGUAGUCUCACAAUGCUAUAUAUAUGUUUUAUAUAUUGUUAUUCUUCGACCUUAAAAAGUAAUAUGCAACACAUUUACAAAGUCUUGAACUUGAUUAACUAGCGUUUAAAGCUAUUACUAUGUUGAAACACAACAAACAUAUUAAAAUAUAACGAGUUGUUAUCUGUAAGACUGUCUAGAUCCAACCCAAUAAUUGUUAGGUUUAACCUCUUUUAUAACUCAACUAUGUUUUUAGAAACGACUUUAGAUAUCGCUAAUAAAAGAAAGGUGUAAAGAACUUGAGUUACAAAGUUUUAACACUGAAAUUGUAAAUUAAUUCAAAGCUAGCUAACCUGCACCCAAACCGUGAUGUAUUUUACUUAAUAAGAACUUGAAAACGCCUUACUUAGUGUAGUGCUAAGCUUUUACACGAGUUUUAAACUAAAAUUAUAGUAUUAUAGCCUAAAUUAAAAAAGUUAACAACAAUAUCCAUACGUGAUAGUGAAGAUAAUUAUUUCAGUUGGAUAACAAUGCGAUUAAUGUAAGUCUUUAUUGGUCCAUUUUUCAGUAUUUAAAUUAUCUCAGUUGAAUAACAAUACGAUUAAUGUAAGUCUUUAUUGGUCCAUUUUUCAGUAUUUAAAUUAUCUCAGUUGGAUAACAAUGCGAUUAAUGUAAGUCUUCAUUGGUCCAUUUUUCAGUAUUUAAAUUAUCUCAGUUGGAUAACAAUGCGAUUAAUGUAAGUCUUUAUUGGUCCAUUUUUCAGUAUUUAAAUUAUCUCAGUUGGAUAACAAUGCGAUUAAUGUAAGUCUUUAUUGGUCCAUUUUUCAGUAUUUAAAUUAUCUCAGUUGGAUAACAAUGCGAUUAAUGUAAGUCCUUAUUGGUCCAUUUUUCAGUAUUUAAAUUAUUUCAGUUGGAUAACAAUGCGAUUAAUGUAAGUCUUUAUUGGUCCAUUUUUCAGUAUUUAAAUUAUUUCAGUUGGAUAACAAUGCGAUUAAUGUAAGUCUUUAUUGGUCCAUUU